GCAACACCUUGAAGGCAUGGCAGGCGCUGGGUCUGCUGAUGGCGAUGGGGUAGCGCCUGCAGAGCUGCAAACGAUGCCCCUCUCCUCGUUUGAGGACUUUCAUGUGGACGGAGUCCUGUCAGAAGGGGCGCGCACAAAGACAGUGACAAUCCUGGGAAGGUUUGCUGGUAAACCAGGUGAGGCUAUCGUCACCCUGGAGCGGCAGCAUUUUGACGCGGAGGCGCUCCCCCGCUGGCUGAGCAGGAACACCCUCCUCACAAACACCCUGCACAACGACAUCUACUGCAAGUAUCUAGGCGUUUCGAGCCAGGCAGACCUCUCCGCAAUCAACGUCAACGUCAUAUAUCCAGCCACUGAGAAGCACAUCCUCAAGUACAGCACUCAAAAGUCCGUGCUCGUGAAAGAAACCGCUGCAGCCUAUGCAGCGGUCACGCGGCCAUACAUUGAGUCUCAAGGGGCUGAACGACUGCAGUGGGUGUAUAAUAUCCUGGAGAAAAAGGCGGAAGCAGAGCGGCUCAUUUAUGAAGACCCAGACCCGCAGCUGGGGUUCACCCUCCACCCCGACCUCAAAUGGGACCAGAAACAAGUAGACUCUCUGCACUGUGUCGCAAUCGUCCACCGGCGGGACCUGCACUCCCUGCGCGAUCUCACCCCAGCGCACCUGCCCCUCCUCAAGAAUCUGCAGGCGAAAGCAACUCAAGCCAUCACGUCAAAGUACGGCGCUUCGGCGAAUGAGCUGCGGUGCUACGUGCACUACCAGCCGAGCUACUACCACUUCCACCUCCACAUCACGCACCUGCAACUAGACGAGGGUCACGGCAUGGCGGCCGGGAAAGCGCACCUCCUGGAAGAUAUCAUCGACAACCUUGAAGUCUUCGGCGAGCACGAGUACUACCAGAAGCGUACUUUGUACUAUAGUAUAGGCACCAACGAUCCGCUUUUCAAGCGAUUUCAGGAGCACAGGGACUCCCAAGUUGGCUCGAAGCGGCUGAAACUCAAUUUGUAACUUGUUGCUAUACUUCGGAGUAGCGCGUAUUUCCAUAAGUGAAGACUGCAGUGUUUCUAUGGACGCAGCCGGGCCAUAGCGAGAGACGUCAAAUGGUAACUGCCCUUCUUCCAGGCAGAAACCACAAUGUGUCGAUAAUCUAUAGCUUGCAGGGGCCAGAACAUAAUCCAACAGGGACGUGCAUAUCAGAUGUUGCUCUGCUCUUAUCAUGACGCAGCCCAGUCUAACGCCAUGCUCAACGUUUCGUCUGCGAUCCAUCGGUUGACGAGGUCUGAUGGAAUCACGAAACGAAGUCCGCACAAUUUUUGAUGGGACACUAGUGCAGCUGCAGUGCACAUUUGAAAAGGACCAG